CAGGAGAGGAAGGGGGAGGGCAGGGGAGGGACCCGAGGGCUACACACGCUCACACUUUCAAGUUCCCUUGGAGGGAGAGGAGGUGGGGCUGCAGAAAGGGGACGGGAGCAGUUCCAUCCGUCCCGUCCCGUCUCCCCUCUUCCUCUUGCUCCCUGCACCCUGGCUCUGCGAGAGUUGAGGGUUCGGGUGGCAGUACGCGGCAGUGAGGGCAAGAGGGCCGGGAGAGUGGGGAGCGGAGCCAGAGGUGCGGGGGAAGAUGCCCAUCCUGCUGUUCCUCAUAGACACGUCCGCCUCUAUGAACCAACGCACUGAUCUGGGCACCUCCUAUUUGGACAUUGCCAAAGGCGCUGUGGAGUUAUUCUUGAAGCUGCGCGCCCGGGACCCGGCCAGCCGCGGAGACAGGUACAUGCUGGUCACCUACGACGAACCCCCGUACUGCAUCAAGGCUGGUUGGAAGGAAAAUCACGCAACAUUCAUGAGUGAACUAAAAAAUCUUCAGGCUUCUGGACUGACUACUCUUGGUCAGGCUCUAAGAUCCUCAUUUGAUUUAUUAAAUCUCAAUAGAUUAAUAUCUGGAAUAGACAAUUAUGGACAGGGGAGAAAUCCAUUUUUUUUAGAACCAUCUAUUUUAAUUACCAUCACAGAUGGAAACAAGUUAACAAGUACUGCUGGUAUUCAAGAAGAGCUUCAUCUGCCUUUGAAUUCUCCUCUGCCUGGAAGUGAACUAACCAAAGAACCUUUUCGUUGGGAUCAAAGGUUAUUUGCCCUGGUGUUGCGUUUGCCUGGAUUGGCUUCUACUGAACCAGAGCAGCUAGGGAGCGUACCCACUGACGAAUCUGCCAUCACACAGAUGUGUGAAGUCACAGGAGGUCGCUCCUACUGUGUUAGAACACAAAGAAUGUUGAAUCAAUGUUUAGAAUCUCUAGUUCAAAAAGUUCAGAGUGGUGUAGUUAUUAACUUUGAAAAAACAGGACCAGAUCCACUUCCUAUCGGAGAAGAUGGAUUUAUGGAUUCAUCUAGGACAAGCAGUUCAUUUGCCGCUCAACCAUGGCAUAGUUGUCAUAAGCUCAUUUAUGUACGACCUAACUCUAAAACUGGUGUACCUGUUGGACAUUGGCCAAUUCCAGAAUCUUUUUGGCCAGAUCAGAAUUUACCUUCACUACCUCCACGAACAUCUCAUCCUAUUGUGAGGUUCUCCUGUGUAGAUUGUGAGCCAAUGGUAAUAGACAAACUUCCCUUUGACAAAUAUGAACUUGAACCUUCACCCUUAACUCAGUACAUCCUGGAACGAAAGUCUCCACAUACCUGCUGGCAGGUAUUUGUUACUAGCAGUGGAAAAUACAAUGAACUCGGAUAUCCAUUUGGCUAUUUAAAAGCCAGUACCACUUUGACUUGUGUCAACCUCUUUGUGAUGCCCUACAACUACCCAGUUUUACUCCCUCUUUUAGAUGACUUGUUUAAAGUUCACAAGCUUAAGCCAAAUCUGAAGUGGCGACAGGCUUUUGACAACUACUUAAAAACUCUGCCUCCAUACUACUUAUUACCAUUAAAGAAAGCACUAAGGAUGAUGGGAGCUCCAAAUCUGAUAUCAGAUAAUUUAGAUUGUGGACUUAGUUACAGUGUUAUCUCUUACCUUAAAAAACUCAGCCAACAGACCAAACUAGAGUCAGAACGAAUACUAGCCUCAGUGGGGAAGAAACCUCCCCAGGAAAUUGGAAUCAAAGUGAAAAAUCAUUCUGGAGGUGGCGUGUCGUUGACUCACAGUAAAAAUUUUAGAAAACUAUUGAAAGAAAUAAUCGGGGAAACUGUGCCGAGACUGACAGAACUGAAUACCAAAGAAUUUGCUGGCUUCCAAGUAGGGCUCUUAAACAAGGAUUUGAAACCUCAGACAUACAGAAAUGCCUAUGAUAUUCCACGUAGAGGUCUCUUAGACCAGUUAACUCGAAUGAGAUCCAAUCUGCUGAAAACACACAAGUUUAUUGUCGGACAGGAUGAAGAUUCCCUUCAUAGUGUUCCAGUUGCACAAAUGGGUAACUAUCAGGAAUACCUAAAGACAUUGGCUUCCCCACUUCGAGAGAUUGAUCCAGAUCAACCAAAAAGACUGCAUACUUUUGGCAAUCCGUUCAAACAAGAUAAGAAGGGAAUGAUGAUUGAUGAAGCAGAUGAGUUUGUAGCAGGGCCACAGAACAAAGUGAAACGUCCUGGAGAACCCAACAGUCCUCUGUCAUCUAAGAGAAGGCGGAGUAUGUCCCUGCUGUUGAGGAAACCACAAACACCACCUACUGUAACUAACCAUGUGGGCGGAAAGGGACCACCCUCAGCCUCGUGGUUCCCAUCUUAUCCAAACCUCAUAAAACCCACCCUUGUACAUACAGAUGUUACUGUCAUUCACGAUGUCCAUGAGGAGAAGACGGAAAAUGGUCAAACCCCACCAGAUGGCUUCUUGUCAAAAUCUGCUGCACCAGAGCUGAUGAAUAUGGCGGGAGAUGGGGUUCCACCCAACCAAUCGGAUUCUCUGUCUGAUGACUUCAUUAGUCUCAGGAAGGAUGGCCUCAUUCCCAAACCUGGUGGUAAUGCACUUGUGGGAGGAACCAAAAACUGCAGCAUCUCUGUAAAUGAUCAGAAGGUCUCAGUAACGUCUACUUUGGGAGCUGUGCCAAAUACAUUACAAAUAACUCCUGCUAUGGCACAAGGAAUCAAUGCUGAUAUAAAACAUCAGUUAAUGAAGGAAGUUCGAAAAUUUGGACGAAAGUAUGAAAGAAUUUUCAUUUUGCUUGAAGGAGUGCAAGGACCUCUUGCAGUCAAGAAACAAUUUGUUGAAUUUACCAUCAAGGAAGCUGCAAGGUUUAAAAGACGAGUCUUAAUUCAGUACCUUGAGAAGGUACUAGAAAAAAUAGAUUCCCACUACCUUCUCAACAAUGUUAAUCACAUCAACAGCAGAUCAUUGUGUUAAUGCAAAGGCCAAGGAGAAAAAAGGACAAGUGUCUGUGCUGUAGGAUGGAACAGGAUAUUGUUGAAGCUUCCUAGAAUGUUUUAGUCAAGAAGAAGCUGUGGAGCUUUUUUAUUUUAUGAUUCUCUGACAGUAAAAGCUGGCUUUUGCCCUAAGAGUUUUCUUCGAAAGGA